GUGAGGGGCUGGCCUUUUUUUGUUCCGCUGGAGAAUCUUGCUUGAACGGUGAGCAGGAGCACAACAGACGGACCAGAAAUCACAGCGACGUGGACUGUCGGACACAGCGCAGCGCUGGGUGGGAGCACACUGGAAGAAGAAGAGUGGUCAUCAGUCAGACGGUAUCGCUCUCCGGUUCUACCGUAUCUACCUGCAGGGUCAACGGGCAGACGAGCCAGCUAUUCCCGUUAGCCCCAACUCCUCUGCGGGUCUGGGGGGUUCUGGUAGUGGCAGGGGGCGGGGUACACCGAGAGGGGAGAAGACUAUACGCCGAGAGGAGGGGGCUGGAAGUCUGAGACGCUUCCAGCCUGAAGGGGCCGGCGGUUUGGCCAAAGCACCCCCGGACAAACUAGCUUGUACCCGCGCUGCUAAGUGAAUGGGAUGGAGCCGGGACCGUCUGGCGCUGUGCCCAUGGGGGCCUUCCCCCCACCCCUGCAGCAGGUGUUCCAUGCCCCCCGCCGGCCAGGCAUGGGCACCGUGGGCAAGCCCAUCAAGCUGCUGGCCAACUACUUCGAGGUGGAGAUCCCAAAGAUGGACGUCUUUCACUAUGAGGUGGACAUUAAGCCCGACAAGUGCCCACGGAGAGUCAACAGAGAGGUGGUGGAAUACAUGGUGCAACACUUCAAACCGCAGCUCUUUGGCGACAGGAAGCCGGUGUAUGACGGCAAGAAGAACAUCUACACGGUGCUAGCGCUUCCUAUAGGGAGUGAGAAGGUGGAUUUUGAGGUAACUAUACCAGGUGAGGGCAAAGACCGAAUCUUCAAGGUGUCCAUCCGUUGGCUGGCCAAAGUGUCAUGGCGCCUGCUGCAGGAGACUCUGGUCAGUGGUCGGCUGCAAGUCCCCCUCGACUCGGUUCAAGCCCUGGACGUGGCCAUGCGCCACCUGGCCUCUAUGAGGUACACUCCUGUGGGCCGUUCAUUUUUCUCCCCACCUGAAGGAUACUACCAUCCACUGGGUGGGGGUAGGGAAGUCUGGUUUGGUUUCCACCAGUCUGUGCGCCCCGCCAUGUGGAAGAUGAUGCUUAACAUUGAUGUGUCUGCCACGGCUUUCUACAAGGCCCAGCCUGUUAUUGAGUUCAUGUGUGAAGUCUUGGAUAUCCGUAAUAUCGACGAGCAGCCUAAGACUCUCACUGACUCGCAAAGAGUUCGCUUCACCAAGGAGAUUAAAGGCCUGAAGGUGGAGGUGACCCACUGUGGACAAAUGAAGAGAAAAUAUCGUGUAUGCAAUGUCACCCGACGACCUGCCAGUCAUCAAACGUUUCCCCUCCAGCUCGAAAGUGGGCAGACAGUAGAAUGUACAGUGGCCCAGUACUUCAAGCAGAAGUACAACCUGCAGCUAAAAUACCCCCACCUACCCUGUCUACAGGUGGGGCAGGAGCAGAAGCACACCUACCUGCCACUGGAGGUGUGUAACAUUGUAGCAGGUCAACGAUGCAUCAAGAAGCUGACAGAUAAUCAGACCUCCACUAUGAUCAAAGCCACGGCUCGCUCUGCGCCCGACAGACAGGAGGAGAUCAGCAGGCUGAUGAAGAAUGCUAACUUCAACCUGGACCCGUACAUCCAGGAGUUUGGGAUCAAAGUGAAAGACGACAUGGCUGAGGUGACGGGCAGGGUGCUACCUGCCCCGAUCCUGCAGUAUGGAGGACGGAAUCGUGCCAUCGCAACUCCAAACCAGGGCGUGUGGGACAUGAGGGGGAAACAGUUUUAUAACGGCAUUGAGAUCAAAGUGUGGGCGAUUGCCUGCUUUGCCCCCCAGAAACAGUGUCGAGAAGAGGUGCUUAAGAACUUCACAGACCAGCUGCGUAAGAUCUCUAAGGAUGCUGGGAUGCCGAUUCAGGGUCAGCCAUGUUUCUGUAAAUACGCCCAGGGAGCGGACAGCGUGGAGCCCAUGUUCAGACACCUGAAGAACACCUACUCUGGACUGCAGCUCAUCAUCGUCAUUCUGCCCGGAAAGACUCCUGUCUAUGCGGAGGUAAAGCGUGUGGGGGACACCCUCCUGGGCAUGGCCACGCAGUGCGUCCAGGUGAAGAAUGUGGUGAAGACGUCACCUCAGACGCUCUCCAACCUCUGCCUCAAGAUCAACGUGAAGCUGGGAGGCAUCAACAACAUCCUGGUGCCUCAUCAGCGGUCAGCAGUGUUUCAGCAGCCAGUUAUCUUCCUGGGAGCGGACGUCACCCACCCCCCUGCUGGAGAUGGCAAGAAGCCCUCCAUUACUGCUGUGGUAGGCAGUAUGGAUGCUCAUCCCAGCAGAUAUUGUGCCACAGUGCGCGUCCAGAGGCCCAGGCAGGAGAUCAUUGAGGAUUUGUCUUACAUGGUGCGUGAACUGUUAAUUCAGUUCUACAAGUCGACUCGGUUCAAGCCCACCAGGAUCAUUUUCUACAGAGACGGAGUUCCCGAGGGACAGUUGCCACAGAUUCUCCACUACGAGCUGCUGGCCAUCAGAGAUGCGUGCAUCAAGUUGGAGAAAGACUAUCAGCCAGGCAUCACAUACAUCGUUGUGCAGAAACGCCACCACACACGCCUCUUCUGUGCUGACAAGUCUGAAAGGAUUGGGAAGAGUGGGAAUAUUCCUGCCGGGACUACAGUGGACACCAGCAUCACUCAUCCCUUUGAGUUUGACUUCUACUUGUGCAGCCAUGCAGGCAUACAGGGUACCAGCCGGCCGUCUCAUUACUACGUCUUAUGGGACGACAAUCGCUUCACGGCCGAUGAGUUGCAGAUUCUAACGUACCAGUUGUGCCACACGUACGUGCGCUGUACCCGCUCAGUCUCCAUCCCUGCGCCAGCCUACUAUGCUCGUCUUGUGGCCUUCCGUGCCCGCUACCAUCUGGUGGACAAAGAACAUGACAGUGGAGAGGGCAGCCAUGUGUCCGGGCAGAGUAAUGGUCGGGACCCCCAGGCGCUGGCUAAAGCUGUUCAGAUUCACCACGACACCCUGAGGACCAUGUACUUCGCCUGAGCUACACCAACUCUCACCACCAUUGACCCCUCCCACCUCAUUUCUACCUGAGUUGGCACAAGGCCAGACAUCACCUCAUCCCUAUCCCUUUUUCCCAAUGACUGCCCACCACACAUACGCCACAGACCUGCCAGUCAUUCACCCAUAUAGAAGAACAUAAGGCACCUGUAAAACACAGGCAGACUCUACAGCCUCAUGCACUCGAACCGUUAUGAAUAUUAUUAUUAUUGUCAUUUCUUCGUUUUUUCUUUAUCUUUUUAUGUUGAAUUUUAAAACAUGGGUAUUAUUAUUAUGUAAUUGUAUUGUACGUUACCUUCAUACUCCUGUGUAUGUAAGUAUGCAAUACGGAUAGGAGGAAAACAGGCAGGAAAAAAGAAGAAAAAAAAAAUUCACAAAUAACUUUUUUAACUGCCACGACGAUGCUGCCUCUUCACCUAUCCGGAUGCCGGUGUUCCAAGCCCCUUAUUUUGGGGAUCCUCCAGGGGGUGGUACUGGGCACACACACUUACUUGUAUGAUUUUAUGUCAUGAACUACAUUCAUGUUUUUAAUGUUUUUGAGUAAUGUUAUUUUUUGAAAUGCCUUGGGAAGUCUGAGGUAUGGUACACUAGCACUUAGCAUUAGCAUGUAGGUGCUACCAGUCCUGCACAUAAGAGUUGUUAGUACAUUUGAGGCUAGCCCUCUGGUCUUUAUAUUAGCAGAGACAGAAAGAGCAGGUGUAGCAUAUCGUAGAUACAGAAAAGAAUCCUGCCGCACACUACAUGCUGAUUGGUGAGUCCCUUAGAGAUAUAGCGUAUAGAGGUGAGCUUAGCAUUACAAUAGAGGGACCAUUUGCAUAGAGUGUAUCAAAUAUACUUGCACCCCAUGCACCUAAACCAGCAUUAUUAACCAGCCAAAUGUGAUGCCAACUAAUGGAGAAGGGGCACUUAAACAGGAAGAUAAUCCUUUGUUUCUGAAUGCAUUGCUCUUUUUGUUUAUUCGAGGCACUUUUUUUAUUUACUUAUUGAUUUUCUUUUUUACUUCAAAAUGUUGGGAACCUUCUGUGCUGAAGCUUACCGCAGACUAGAUUGAAGUUUUACACCCACAUAUGCAUAGCUUUCAGAACAAAUAGGUAACUACGGCAAUAGGCAAGGUAAACACUCAGUAGAUUUUAAUGCAGGCAAAUACAAGUCAGUGAUCACUUAAGUGCUGCAAAGCUGAACUCCCUUUCAGCAAUUGAACUUGCUCCGAUCAUUCUGCACAUUCCAACAUGUAUCAGUAGAGAUGAUGGCCAAUGGUACACUCUAAUCUUCCACCUGCAGACUUCUUUGCGUUCCUUUACACUUAUAUCCCCAAAGCUCUUCCCUCUGUAGGCAUUUACAACUCUAAGCCCGAAAAGCAGAAGCACACACACAUAUCGCCCUGUCUCCGUCUCUUUAGCAUGUAGAGGCCAACCUCUUCAAAUGCACUUGUCCCCUUAUUCCCCUCUAAGCCAAACUAUCACUCAUCACCCUUCCCAUCAUCACCUUCUAUCCUUGCUUUGUAUCCUCACUUUUAAACAUCACACACCCGCAGCAUCCCCUUACUUGUGCUAGCCAAUCCCCAUUGGUGCUCUGUGUGCAUGGGCGGCACAGAUAAAGGAUUGCUACAUUGAACAGGGUGUGGCACUAUUACUACUACUAAAUAUUCCCUGCCUUUACAUGUAGUCACUUUCUGGGUUAAUGAAACAAAUGCAUGUACUUAUUUUUUAUGACUGGAUAUUCUGAGCCACCUUAUUUUGGUUGACUUAGAGGUAGGAGCCUUGCGCUCGUCACUGCCUGUCAGCUUUCUCCUCCAUCGUGUAUCGGUUUUAAAGACUGCUUUUUCCUUUGUCAUUAUUAUGAUGAUGUGACUAGUGUGAUAUAUUUCCUCAAGAGGGCACUGUGGAAACGGUCUCAAAAUUCCACCUCAGUUGCCGUUUAAGCGCCUCAAAUCUUGUCUGAUGGUUAAAAAACCCCUUUUGAGGUGAAAGGGAUCAAAAGAUAAGAGAUCAGAAGAUUCUUGAAUCAUGUUUAUUAACUUGCAUAAUCAAAAUGCCUUUGUACACCGUUUUACUGAUCUUUCGUUGUGUCCAAGGUGAUUUGUAUAUAUAAAUAUAUAAUAUUAACCUGUUAUGAAUUUUGGCUCACCAGUUGCCAGGCCUUUCACAGUUGGGGCCAGUGUUUUACCCCUCAUUCUGUGCUGAACAAAAAAAAGAAAAAUCCGUCUUGGUGCAUUUCCCCCUACCACUCAAACCAGAUGCAGUUCUUUAGUCACUGAAGCCACAAAGCACCUUGCAAAGGGGGGAGACGAAGUGGCAGUCACCCUGGAAAUGCAUCAUGUGGACACCGGAGAGUCCACUCCUCUCCACACAGCCUCAUUGUUCGACUAAGCAAUAUUGAAGCCACUGAUCAAGAACAGUCCUUGUCAUAGCACUUCCCAAUAGAUUUGAAUGAAUGGACUUGAAAGCAUAUUGUUUUGGCUCUGUAUGUGAUAGUAUGAACUCUGUUGGGGCGGGUUAUUUUUUAAAGAAAAUAAAAUUGUUUUUUAUUA